AUGGGUCUGGGGAAUGUCUGGAGGAACAUCUGGAGUUACGAGACCCCCAAAGUGAUUGUGGUGAAGAAUCCUAGCCUAGGCAUCAUGUACAGGCUGGUCCAGCUCCUGAUCCUGGUUUACUUCAUCUGGUACGUGUUUAGCAACCAGAAGGGCUACCAGGAGUGGGAAUCCGGUCCAGAGAGCUCCGUCAUUACGAAAGUCAAGGGGGUCACCUUCUCACAGCGCAAGGUGUGGGAUGUGGAGGAAUAUGUGAAGCCCCCAGAGGGAGGCAGCGUCUUCAGCAUCAUCACCCAUGUGGAAGUGACCCCUUCGCAGACCCAAAAGACCUGCCCGGAGAACCUGAGGGCCUCCUGCACGUCCGAUCAUGAAUGUGCCAGGGGUGAGGUUGAGGUGCUGGGGAACGGAAUGAGGACAGGGCGUUGUGUCCCCUACAACAUCACCAAGAAGACCUGUGAAGUUAUGGCCUGGUGUCCCGUGGAGAACGGGGCAACUUUCAGUGAGAGUUUGGCAACGAUGGCUCCGGAGUUCACCAUUCUGAUCAAGAACAGCAUCCAUUUCCCUCGCUUUCACUUCUCCAAAGAGAAUGUCAUGGACAACAGGGAUGGAUACUUGAGGAACUGCACUUUCAAUGAAGCCACAGAUCUUUAUUGCCCCAUCUUCAAGUUAGGCUUCAUUGUGGAACAGGCAGGCGAGAACUUUUCUGAACUGGCUGAAAAGGGCGGGGUGAUCGGCGUGAUCAUUAACUGGAAUUGCAACCUUGACCUGCCGGAGUCUGAGUGCAACCCCAGAUAUUCCUUCCGCAGGCUGGACCCCAAAUGGACUCAAGUUUCCUCCGGCUACAAUUACCGAUUUGCAAAAUAUUAUCGGCAAGGUGGACGAAGCACACGCACCUUGAUCAAGGCCUAUGGAAUCCGCAUUGAUGUCUUGGUGCACGGGCAGGCUGGGAAAUUUAGCCUUAUUCCUACCAUCAUCAACCUGGCCACAGCCUUCAUGUCCAUCGGAGUGGUGUCCUUCCUCUGUGAUUGGAUAUUGCUGACUUUCAUGAAUAAGAACAAGGUGUACAGCGCCCGAAAGUUUGAGCAGGCCGAGGGCUUCACUCUUGUCUUGAAGUGA